UGCUUGUUUCGGGUUUCUUCUAAUCGAUGGCGCGUACGCGUAGACGGCAAAUGAAGGUUUGAAAAUUGGUUUGAACGAUUGUCGUGCCGUGUUGAAUUCUCAAGUCUCGAAACUGUGGAUGUUUUGGUUGAGUGUUCCCUCAAGAAGCGACAUUCGUCAGCCUUGCCCAAAUCUGAUGCUAGCCUAAGCGCCAGAAAUGAAUAUUGAAGAUCUCCAGAGUGAGAAUGAACGACUGACGAAGGAUCUUCAAUAUGCGGCAUCCAUUGGACAAUCGUUUCUCGAAAAAAAUGCCGAGCUGGAAGCUGAGAUGGCCAACGUCCACAGCCGUUACGUCGUCAGAAUUGAAAAACUGGAGCAGGAGUGCCACAGCUUGCGCAUGAAGCUCGACUGCAGCGUCAGUGCAGAGAGCAGCCUCAGUGCCGAAGUGGACGUCCUCAGAGACCAGUUGAAGAGAGCUAGAGAAAGCGGCUCCAAGUCUGAGCUUGCAUUGAAGAGGCUCGAAGCAUCCCUGACCGAGAGGCAACAGUCGGAAAACGACAGGAGGGCUGCCAUCGAGCUGCACCUGCGGACUCGGGUGAAAGCCUUGGAGGAGCAGCUCUCUGAAAGCCACAAGCUCAACGAGCGGCUGCUUGCCCAGGACUGCAACAGCAUGCUGAGUGAAGAGGGCGGUCAUACCUCCGUGCUCGCGGCCCGUGAGCAGGAGCUCGAAUUCCUGCUCAAGCAGGUGCAGGCCGAAGUCGAGGCUCUCGGGGUGAGCAAGCGUGUGCUAGAGGCCGAACUCGCGGAAGCUCAAGGCCGGCUGCGAGAGACCCUGGAUUCGCUGACCGUCGAGCGGGCAGCUACUGUGAAGGCUGAACGAGAGGCCACGGAACUUCGGGCACAACUGGACACUCUUCAGCUGAGCCAGGUGGACCCCAAGCAGAGGGGCAACUCCCUCUUCUCGGAGGUGGAGGAUCGCCGCCUGAAGCAGGAGCGGGAGCUGCUGUCGCUCCGCACGCGCUUCCGGGCACUCCACGAGCAGGAGUCCUCCCUGCGCGAGGAGGUGCGCAAGUCGCGUGCGCAGAUGGCGCAGCUCAUGGCCGCAGGCGGGCGCCGGGCAGACGCCAGGCAGGUCGUCCUGCUGCAGGACGCACUGGCACGCGCGAGGCUGGACAUUGCGCAGCUGACCAGGGCCCUGCCCAGUCAAGGUUCCGGAGCCGGGGCGACUUCGGAAGCCCCGUCCGUUCCCCUGUCGGGCCUCCUGGAGAUGGAGCGCAAGAAGGUGCAAGCGCUGGAGCGCGAACGGCUGUCCCUGCUUCGGGUGCAGUCCGAGAGCCACGUUCGAGAGGACCAACUGCUGCGAGAGUUGCACCAGGCCUCGCUCAAAGCGGAGGCGCUCGAAGCCCGCAUGCUGAAGAUGAUGGCGCAGAAGGACGACUGCUCAGUUGGAAGGAAAGACGCAGCCGUCCACGAACAGCUUGGGGUGGUGGAGGAAGAGCCGCCAGUCCUGCGAGAGCGGAUAGUAAUGUCCCACGCAUUCCGACGGGAAUGCGCUGGUGUUCCCAGCUCAAAGAGGCCGAAGACUUCUUCCCACGAAGACAAGGAGAACACGGACAAAGCACCAGACAACGAAACACAGAGUGGCAACACGACACGGGACGAAGCACAACGUGACGAAGCUCUGGUUGAACACGGCCAUUGUGACGAAGCCCAACGUGGAAGAGCAGAGGAGGUCGUGAGGAAGCCCAAGGUUGCGUUUCAAGACGACGCCGGGGAGGCGGCGAACACUGCCGUUGACGAACGCGCGUCUCUUGGAACAAAGCGCAAGUUGAGGCGGGGCUCGGUGGUUGUGCCGCAACAGAAAGUAGAGAGCUCAAGUACUCAAGUUGAAGUUCAGCAAUGUAAGCAGCAGUAACGGACAGUCAUCGCUGCGGUCGGGACUUCAUCCCGGGCUGACAGCGAUGCAGGCCCUUUAUAUUUUUAUCCAUUCAUAUUUUAGUGUUCGAAAGAAGAGGGAGGAAGUUUUAUGUCACAUUUUUUAUUUGUAAAAUAAACAAAGUUCCAAUCCAAA